AUGGAUAAUGUGCUAACAAAUGUAUUUCUUGAGCAACAUAAUUUGGGAAAUCAUCCUCCUAACGGAUGGAAAUUUGUUGCAUAUGCUAUUGCGGUUAGUGCAUUACACAAUCAAUGUAAUGUUAAUGUUAGUAGGGAAAAUAUACAAUCGCGACUUAAGACUUGGGAUAAACAUUACAUUGUUAUAAGUGCUAUGCUUGGUACGAGUGGAUUUGGAUGGGAUUGGGAUAGAAAAGUGGUGAAAGUGGAUGGUGAAGAAGUAUGGACAGCUUAUGUCAAGGCACACCCAGAUGCGAGUCAUUAUAGAAGUAAAAUUGUUGGAAAUUGGGAAGAUUUGUCAAUUAUUUGUGGACAAGAUAAAGCUAAUGGAAGUGGAGCUGAAACGGCUGAUGAAGGCGCAAGAGUUAUGUUUGAAGAUAUAGAGAGUUGUUCAAAAUUAAAUAAAGAGUCAACUAGUGUAGAACGACCUUCUAAAAGAACUCGUCAUAAUGAUAUGGUCACUGCAAUAUCCAAGAUGGCUGACGUGGUUGGUAAGGCAUACAAUAUUGACAAGACAAGUGCUCAACAAGUUUUUGAUGAACUAUCAAAAAUUUCAGACUUAGAGGAGACACAAUUUCUACAAGCUAUUGAUGUACUCACAACAAACGAGAGGAAGUACGAAGUGUUUCAAACAAUCCCUGAGCGUAUGAGGCGUGCAUGGAUUUUGUUACAAAUGAAGAAGUGA